AUGAUUUCCCAUCAUGUUCGCGAGGCUAUCCUUUUCGGGGUCUUGUUAAUUAGCAUGGUUUUCAUCAUUUGCACACUGGUGUGUCCGGCACCUCCCACGCGAAUUCCCCCCUGCCUUCAGUCGCAAACUGUUGACUUCGAUGAAGCUGCCCUGGUGGAGAAUUUUUUAGUAAAGCCACAGUACAAACCGGGGCUUUUCCCAAACAUCACAGAUGCGCUUUUGUCCACGCGCGUUUACGCACCUUCCCCGAACCCCAAGGACAUUUUUCGGGCCAAAUUUUUUGAGCCCAGGAUGUCUGUUGGACAGCGUGGUUUGCUGACAAAGUACCUCAAUCUCAUCGCGGACAUAAUGCGGACAAAUAACUUGGAGGACAAGUGGUUCCUUAGUGGAGGCACUUUGCUGGGGUCCCUAAGGCAUCAUGACUUGAUCCCAUGGGACGACGAUGCCGACGUUCUUGUGGAUAUUAAAUAUCGAGGUCUCAUUCAGCGUGCAAUUGAGAGUCGUCGAAGUGAGGGAUUUCACGUUUACAAGUCAGGUUACAAGGACAAAGUCUACAUGUCUAUUCUUCCCUCUACUAUAAAUGAUGUGGACGUGGAAGGUACACGGCAGGUCUCAUGGAGGGACUAUGGAUGGCCUUUUCUUGACAUCUGCUACUACAAAAUCGAGGGCAAAACUCUUCACGAAUUGGAGAGUUAUAACCUUCAGCACUACUCCUACCUCGUGGACGAUGUGUUCCCCUUGGUUUACCGACCGUUCGGUGAGAUGUGGGUGCCAACUCCUAAGAGAGCUGUCAAGGUGCUCGUGGAAAUGUACCCUAGAAAUGUCGACUGCAUUUAUAAUGGUUUCUCCCAUUUGGCAGAAUGGAGAUACAGAAGAGCCAUUGCAGCUUGCGGCCAACUGGCUGGUAAAUAUGCAUUUGUUCGACGUUGCCCUAUGAAAAGCAUUAAAAUGGAUGAGAAGCACAACUUUGUACCCAUUUUGGAACAGUUGGUUAGUCGAUCUGUCAGCGGCAGUUAUAGGGUUAUCUAUGAAAUCCCCACAGUAGUGCAUUCAACAGAAGUAUACUCUCACUUUGAUCCCUUGAUGCUGAAUUGGAAAGUGAACGAAGUUUAA